CAUGGGUUAUUUAUAAAUAUAUACGAGUAUGUGUACAAGUUCUGUUGUAAACAAGAGUGGAUAACCGUCCUCUUGCUUCUGUACACUAAUGUACAAGUAGUUCUCGCGUACACUGUAUUUUAGUAUCAGAAACCAUGAGUUUUCACAGGCACGACGAAGACGGAUCACGCUAUUCAUAUGAAAAAUAUAACAACUCCGGUCAAGGCUCCAGGCAACGGCAGUUUCCUCAACACGAUCGAAAUGGCCACAAUUCGGUGAACUCUCGCUCGUCUCCUUCUGGCCUCAUACGCCACGAUAAUCAUACUCGCGUCCUCGGCGUAAAUUCAGAGCCCCGAAACAUCCUGACAACCGACAAAGAAGAAGCAUAUGGUAGGAAAUAUCCUGAACGUGGCUUGUAUUCACACUUCCCCCACCCUGAGCAGUCAUACUUUCUAGACCCAGCGACAGCUGAAUUGAGAUCAGCACCAGGUCGUGAGUACCAACGCAAUAUUGGGCAUGAUAUACCUCAUUCUCGAGAUCAACUCAAAGACGAGUUCCAGCCUAGCAUAAGACCAAGUCAUGGCCAUGGAAGAUUGUAUGGAUAUCAAAACGAAUCCUAUAAUCACUACGAUGAUGACUUAGCACCCCCAGCUGAAUCGAUAAGACAUCAGGAUACUCUAAGCAUCAACCAACAGCAAAAUGUUAGGAAUCUUGAUCGUCAUCGAGAAUUUUUGAACAACGACAUCCAAGAAUUCCAUGAAGCAGACAGAGAUUUAAUAAAUCAGACACCAUUGAAUGCGCACGCAUUUAUGAUCGAAGAAGUGGACCGGAAAGAAAAUCAAAAUAAUUUCACAACAAUGGAAAUAAAAAUUCGAGAGGCGUAUCCAACAACAAUAUAUCGUCAAACUCCUCGUAAAAUUGAGGAUGAACAUGAAACUGUUCCGUUGACGAACGCGAUUAAAGCUGAAAAUGUAUCUCUGGCUCCGCCAAAGACAGAUCAAUCGGUCUCAACAACAAAUCCAUCUUCUCAAUCAAAAACCCCUACUGCCCAGGAGGCAGCGACCCGCCUUCUCUACCUUCGUCAGGAGCCUUUAAGCUUGUGCGAGAAGCGAGCCCUACGCAGACGCCUUCGUCCGUUGGCUGCCCUCGACCCGUUGUCGGCCACAGACCAGGUCGUGUCUUCCAUCAGCAAGGCAACGAAUCAUUCACGCAGCUUUAUCAACAACGCCGUGGGGAGUGUUGAUGUGAUACAAAUGAUCAAAAAGCGCAUCGAGGCGGAGGCAGGCUCUAGCGUAGCUGCCGUGUUCGACCUCUGCAACGACCUGCUUCGUCUGAACCUCCUGCUAGGGUUGUUGCUCUUGUUGGGCAUUGUUAUACCGACCACAAUGUGGCAAGAAGACGAUCCUCAAUUCCUCGGUGAUAACAACGUGACAUCUUGCAACACUUCCCACUGGAAUUAUGAGUCCCAGAAAGGGAUUCUUCACAACGAUUGUUUCAAUGAAACUAUCUUUGUACAAGAGGAAGUUAAUGAUCAGCUUUGGGGAUGGAUAACAGAAGAAGAUCUCCAGCAGUCUGGCUUGCCAGCCGUGUUCAUGCCUAACGACUCCUUGUUUGCGUGUUCCGGUGUUGCUCUAACAGAAUCCAACGGACAGGUACGAGUUUGCUCUAGAGGGUACAUCGUAGCGCAAGAUAAAUACACGUCCGAGAGACAGAACGUGGUGCAAUAUUUCAUGGACUUCCUUCAAGGCCUCGGCUUCAUGGAACGCACAUCUGUCUUCAUCGGCUGGUACGCUGCCAACCUUACGUCAAGCCCAGACUCCUACGACAUUUCAGUCGCUUACCUGCUCACCGUCACUGCGGCUUACGCAAUUUCUAUUGUAUACGUCGUCCGAGGAUUCGGGCGAUGGUUGUGCUCAAACUCAAAAAUUUUCGAGUUCACAAACGGAUUUAAUAAUUUGGUGUUCAAGGGAUGGGAUUUCAACGUGGGGAGGAGAAGGACUGCCGCGGUUGAGAAGAUUCUGUUGGUUCAAGAAAUCCGAGCCGCCAACACAGAGGAAGAACACAAAGCUAAUAAAUUCAAGAGAACAGUAAGAGAGAGACGCGUCUUGUUCCUGGUGAGAUGUUUAAUACACGUAACUACCAUAGGGCUGAUCCUUGGUGGGUGGGUCGCCAUCUACUUCGUGGUUACUAAAGUAGAAAGAGAUACUUUCAUCAAGCAGUACGCGACGACGUUGACAGUGAGCGGGCUGAACUUCAUUCUACCGCCCAUAUUCUUCGUCUUAUCUUGGUACGAACAUUACACCCAGAGGAAUACAUUACUUCUCUACAUCAUGCGCAACAUUUUCCUCAGGCUUAUCUCGAUCGUCAUACUCGUGGUGUCCGAAAUAUCGCUCAGAAUUCAAGAGGGUGAAGCAGUGAUCGAUUGUGGCACAAGCUACAUGUGCUGGGAGACACGUCUGGCACAACAACUUUACUCGCUCAUCGUAUUCGAUACAAUGAUCUACAUCCCAGUGACAGCGUUCGUUUUUAUACGAUACUUCCUUAGUUUUGUGAAGGACGACAAUCCUUUAGUGAGUUGGCUCCCUAAAAUAAUCUGGGAGUUCCUAAGCCAACCUGAGUUUGACACGGCAGGUCAUGUGCUGCGCGCUGUUCACCUACAGACUCUCUGUUGGAUGGGGAUCUCAUGCGCACCUCUACUGCCUCUCAUGACCGUCGUAUCCUUCCUCAUCAUGAUCAUCUUAAACGGCAUCACCAUUAAAUUCUGUAGACUCAGGCCGAGUGUCGCGUUCAGAUCCUCAACCUCGUCUUCCAUGUUCAUGGUAGCAGCUCUCGUGAGCCUCGUGCUCUCCGUCGUGCCCUCUGCGUUGGUGCUGACAUACCUCAAGCCCUCCUUCGGGUGCUCGCCCUUCAGAGGGCUGCAGUACCAAUACCAGGCUUUCGUGAGCGCCAUCUGCCUGGCUCCCGCGUGGAUCAGGGACAUCCUCUUCUACCUGCCGGAGUUCUUGCCGAUGGCGCUGGCGCUGCUGGCGGCCUCCACGGCGCUGGUGUACCAGCUCGCCCGCCUCAGCGCAUGGAAGGCGAGGCAGCGGUUCUACGAGUCUAGGGUCAGGAAGAUCGCAACCGAGAAAAAAAUGAUCCUUGCUGUCAUAGACAGAACCAAGACGUGUGCAAAGAAUUAUUGUGAAAUGAAAGAGCUUGGAAGUUGUGCAGAAAAUUCUUCGGAAGUAGAAAGGAAUGUGAUAUCAUCUUUAAAAAAUGCAUUGGAAAUUGGAGGAAAGACUAACACUUAUACUCAAUAUAAACAAAAUAAUUUAGGAGUGGAAGGAAAACCCAGUUUUCUUUCAGAAAAAAUGUCUCAAACAGGAAAUGAGGAGCAUAAGUCUUCAAGAAAACCAUUCGAGAUACCGGGGAAUCAAAUAAGAAGCGAUAUAAGCCCAGAGUUCAACACACAUUUUGUUGAUGGGUUCAGUACCAACACACCUGAUAGUGAGCCUGCCACCGGAACCCAGAGUGAAGUGAAGCCAGCAUUGAGAGGUGGUGACUUGUCCAAGAUGACGGACAAGGAAAUUGAAUUGCUGUAUAAACCUUGAGAAAUAAUUUAAUUUCUCAGAAUGUAAAAGAAUACGUAACAGUUUUGUUUCCAGAAACACCCAAAGCGAUAUUUUUCUUGGUCUUCAAGAGAGAACUCCAUUCAUGUCAUAGAGGAUUUUUAACUUAGUAUGGAACACUUCAGUUAAAAGAAUCCUAUAAUGCAAACCGUCAAUUCAUGGCAUGGCUCCAUGAAUUGACGAAAGUUAACUACAUUUUUGAGGAACGCAAGAAUAACAAAAUUUGUUGAACCACCGGCCUCCGUCAGAAGUCAUAGUGACGCAAUAAGUUCUCAAUCAUUUGAAUGACUACAUGACAUCGAAGGAAGACGUAAACUUCCAUAAUUAAUUUUACAUUAUUUAAUGAGGUAAUAAAAUACAAAACUUGAUAAAUUAUAUAUUUGUUCUCUUUAUAUGUCAACGAUCCAAUGAAAAUAUAAAAAUGCCAUAAUAAACUAUUCAACAAAGCAAUAAUGAUGACAGACAGAAAAAAUUUACACUAAUUACUCUAUUAAAAAUUAAUGAAAAUUAUACAGCAAAAAAAUUUACAUGGAAUGCCACGAAUUUCCUAUAAUAAAUAACGUUUUCGGCAAGAAUGCCGUCACUUUCACUGGAGAAAUUAAGUCCGUUACCUCACUGGAACAAAAGGUGCCGUCACCUCUUCUUAUGAUCACUUCGGAUCUUCCCAUACAAAACACAAUGUAACUUGGCGAGAUAACAAUUGGACAGAUGAACUCCCUGAUAGUUCGCUCCUUCUCCCCUGUCCACCCCAAACCCUGGGGCGCCGACACGUAGAAGCAGGCGGUCGCAGGCAGACAGGGCGGAGGUGUAGACGUCCUCUAGCUCCUCCCUCAGCAGGUACAGCACCAGUACGAACGUCACGCCGCCCACCGCCACGUGCAGGACGACACUUAUGCUCGACACGUAAGCCUGCUCAAUUCAGGGCAACUAUAAGUAAAGUAUUAGGAAAUAUAGAGGACUGAAGGAGAAUACAACUAACGUAUCAGGAAAUAUAGAGGACUGAAGGAGACUACAACUAACGUAUCAGGAACUAUAGAGGACUGAAGGAGAAUACAACUAACGUAUCAGGAAAUAUAGAGGACUGAAGGCGACUACACUAACGUAUCAGGAACUAUAGAGGAUUUGCACUCGGAUGUUCUUGACUAAACACUGAGAGAUGAUGACUUUCAGGUAGCCACCUGUAUUGCUCUUGAAAUGCAAAUCAAAUGCCGAUUCGAAAUGCAAUUAUAUUCAUUAUUAAUUAUUUCAUAAGCCAUUUCAAGUGUAAGGGUGAAAUUUCAUCAUAAUAUGAUUUAAAUCUCUGACAAGCAUGCAUGUUUAAAUAUAAGUUUU